CUGAACAUCUAGGGCACGGUACUGGGUCGCUUUUAUCGGUUAUUUUAUUAACAGUACUUUAGGGAAAAACUACACAUCACGCAACGUACUGGCAAGUUCCAAGCAUGUUGACUAAACUGGUCGUCGCCUUCUUGUUCGUCUGUACAGCCAGGGUCAUAGAAUGUGAGCAGGUGGUGUAUGGCUACAAUGUUCACCUGUCCACGUUCGAUUGCACCGGUCAGAGUGACGGAAUAGUUGAAAUCGGGUGUGACGGUUACGCUGAGUGCCGUUCACACCAACUGGUCAAAACUCUGUGCACGGAUGCAGAAGUGUUCAACCGAGACGCGCGCAGAUGUGACCCAGCAACAGCAACAACCAGCUGUACUCACUACAACAUCUGCGAGACACUUGCAGAUGGAAAGUACGCUGACGUCACCAACGGAUGCCAGUCAUACUACACCUGUUUCCGUCAGAUCUUCUAUGGUCACAACUAUUGCCCCGGAGGUCUGGUGUUCGACCAGCAGAAUCAGAUCUGCAACUGGGCCUCCAACGUCGUCUUCCCGUGCGGCACCAAGACCGCGUAGACCGACAUCUUGCUGUUGAUUUUAAAAUGUUUUAACUAUUUUUUUAUUAUUUGUGAUUCUUAGUAGUCGUGGCAGAACAUGCGUUCUCUCAGAGGUCUGUUGGUGAAGAAAUAAUACACCUUUAAAAUAAAUCGAGGACGAUGUUA